AUGACCGACUCGACCAUCGUCCUGAUCACCGGCGCCAACUCCGGCAUCGGCUACGCCACCACAAAACUCCUCGCUUCUUACCCAAACUACCACAUCAUAAUGGGUUGCCGCGACGUGCGCAAGGGCGAACAAGCCCUCAAAGAAAUCCAGCAGAGCCUAUUACCGCAAAGCACACUCUCCGUUCUCGAGCUCGACGUCACAAACGACGCCUCCAUCGCCACAGCAACCGAAACUGUCGAAUCCCAACACGGCCGCAUCGACGCCUUCAUCAGCAACGCCGGCACGACCGCGCAAUCCAGCACGGGGCGCGCCAAGUACCAAGCAAUCUUCGAAACGAACGUGUUCGGGGCGGUGCUCGCCUCCGAGGCAUUCAUCCCGCUGCUCCGGAAAUCUCCACGCUCGACGUAUCUGAUCCAGGUGUCGAGCGCGUUGGGGUCUGUUGGGCUUGCGGCGGAUUCGGAGAGUCCGUUGUAUAAUGUUCCAUGGGAUCUGUACCGCAUGAGUAAGGCGGCGCUCGAUAUGGCGACUAUUCAGAUGCAUAAGCGGUUGAAGGAGGAGGACUCCAAUGUGCGGGUUUUUGCGUUUUGUCCUGGUUUGGUGCGCUCAAGGUUGCGUGGCGAGUCGGAGGAGCAGAUUAGUGCGCAGGGGACUGCGGGCGAUCCCAUGGAUUCGGCGAGGGCGCUUUUGCGGGUGUUGCGCGGGGAGAGGGAUGCUGAUGUUGGGGGGUUUGUGCAUGCUAAUGGGACUUGGCCUUGGUAA